UGUAAACUCAUACAUGAUCAUUUGUCUUGCUGCGUCAGUGAACGUACGGGCAAAUAUCAACUUAAGAUCUUUAAAACUUUAAACAAGUUUUUUAUUUUAAAAUUUACCACCUUACGGUCUAAAGCCUAGAAAUCGAAGAUGUCAGUUUCUCGACCUCGCCAGAAUUUCCACCAGGAUAGCGAAGCUGGAAUAAACAAACAGAUCAACAUGGAGCUGUAUGCUAGCUACUGCUACAUGUCAAUGGCGUACUACUUCGACCGUGACGAUGUAGCGUUGAAAGGAUUCAGCAAGUUCUUCAAGGAGUCGUCUGAUGAGGAGCGUGAGCACGCGGAGAAACUGAUGAAGUAUCAGAACAAGAGAGGCGGUCGCGUUGUCCUUCAGGCCAUCACCAAGCCAGAGCGUGACGAAUGGGGCACUGGUCUUGAGGCUAUGGAAGCAGCUCUUGCUUUAGAGAAGAGUGUCAACCAGGCCCUUCUGGACCUUCACAAGGUCGCCGAUAGCCACGGCGAUGCACAGAUGUGCGACUUCCUGGAGUCCGAGUACUUGGAGGAACAGGUGAACGCCAUCAAGGAACUCAGUGACCGCAUCACCAACCUCAAGCGUAUUGGUUCCGGCCAUGGCGAGUGGCACUACGACAAGGAACUCCAGUAAACAUGACGUCACAAACUUCAGCGUCAUCAUGACCUGUAUACAUGUUUUUACCUGGACAUUAAACUUUCUUUUUUUACUUUCUUUUUUUUGGAGCAAAAAGACAGGUCUCUACUUUUAAAACUUUAGUUCAAAAUAAAUAAAAGGCAUAAAGACUGAA